AUGAUCGCCUCGAUAAGCAUAUCUUUCUUUAAACCACUAUGUCUAAUUAAAGCUGAGCUCGAAGAUGAAAAAGAUCGAAUGAGUUUCUCAUAUUACUUUAUCCAUGAAUUCGCUCGAGUCAUAAGGGAAUUCGAAGAACAACAGCAACACAAACAACAACAACCACAACAAGAUAAUAUUAUAGUUAAUUAUAAGUCGCUGGAGGAAGUUAUCCAAAGCUUUCCAGUCACAAAACGAUCAAGAAUAGCUAGGGAACAAGAGCAACAGCAACAACAGCAACAGCAACAACAGCAACAGCAACAACAGCAACAGCAACAACAGCAACAGCAGCAACAGCAACAACAACAACAGCAGCAACAGCAGCAACAGCAACAACAACAGCAACAACAGCAACAACAGCAACAGCAACAACAAAUUCAACAAGAACAACAGCAACAAAAAACAAAAUACAUAUCAAUUUAA